AUCCUUAAUACCUCGUCGUCUCUUGCGCCAUUGGGGUACUCGAACGACAAGUCUGAGCCCGCUCGAUGCCGAAAAAAACACCUUGAUGCGUGGCACCCCAGCGACGAGCGUGCGCUUUACGCGGGACCGGUUGGUCGGUAUUUCACGCCAAUUACAACAACACUUCCGCCCAUCCCGGCAGACCUCGACAUGCAACAUCUCCGCGCAAUGGCUACAGCAACACCCGCCUCUGCAACAGAACCCCUUGAUAUGGAGUCGCCGUGGACAAAACCGGCCUUUUCACUGCUGCUCGCCGUGCUACGCAAAGCCGGCAGCGCCGUCGCGCUCCGCCCUUGAAGAACGAAUCCUCGCGAUCCCUAUCGAGCGGUACCGAAACUUUUGCAUAGUAGCCCAUAUCGACCAUGGUAAGAGUACGCUUAGCGACCGGCUGCUGGAGAUUACCGGUACCAUCUCUGCCAGCGAUUCAAACAAGCAGAUCCUCGACAAGCUAGACGUCGAACGAGAGCGAGGUAUCACCGUUAAGGCCCAGACCUGCACCAUGAUAUACUGCUACAAAGGGGAGGAUUAUCUGCUGCACCUUGUCGACACCCCGGGUCACGUUGAUUUCCGAGCCGAAGUAACGCGGUCCUACGCCAGUUGCGGCGGCGCGCUGCUCCUGGUCGAUGCCAGCCAGGGCAUACAGGCGCAAACCGUCUCCAACUUCCACCUCGCGUUUGCACAGGAUCUAGCUCUUAUUCCUGUCGUCAACAAGAUAGACAUGCCAUCUGCCGAUGUACCCCGAGUUCUUGAGCAGAUGCAAACGUCGUUUGAACUGGACCCUUCUUCGGCCGUCCUUGUGUCAGCAAAAACUGGCAAGAACGUGGCGAAUAUCUUGCCCGCGGUUGUAGAGCAAGUGCCGCAUCCCGUUGGCAAGAUCUCAGAGCCACUACGGAUCUUGUUAGUUGAUUCUUGGUACGAUAAUUUCCGGGGUGUCAUUCUCCUCGUCCGCGUCUUUGAUGGUCAAGUCAAGGCUGGCGAUAACCUAGUCUCAUUCGCGACCGGCCACAAAUACACCGUCGGCGAGGUCGGUAUACAAUAUCCAAACGCCGUUCCGCAAAGUGUUCUUCGAGCUGGACAGGUCGGCUACAUCUACUUCAAUCCGGGUAUGAAGCGAAUUCAGGACGCGAAGCUCGGUGACACUUUUACAACUGUUGGGUCGGAGGAUAUCGUCAAGCCGUAUCCGGGCUUUGAGGAACCAAAGCCGAUGGUUUUUGUUGCAGCGUUCCCCACUGACCAGAGCGACUACACACGUCUCGCUGACAGUAUCAGUCAGCUGGUUCUCAACGACCGAAGUGUUACCCUGCAAAAGGACUAUUCCGAAGCAUUGGGGGCAGGUUGGCGACUGGGAUUUCUCGGUAGCUUGCAUUGUUCCGUGUUCCAGGACCGGCUGAAGCAGGAACAUGGCGCUAGCAUCAUCAUCACCGACCCGACUGUACCAACCAAAGUCGAGUGGGCCGACGGAUCCGAGACGAUAUACCAAAACCCGGCCGAGUUUCCCAGUCAGGAUGAACAUCGGAUGCGUGGUGCAACUGUAUACGAGCCUUUCGUAACGACCACAAUGACUCUCCCAGAGGAGUAUCUAGGUCGCGUCAUGGAGCUCUGCGAAAGUGUGCGUGGAGAGCAAAAGAGCUUCGAGUUCUUCCACGCCACUCAGGUUAUUUUGAAGUACGAUAUACCUGCUGCUCAACUGGUAGAUGAUCUCUUUGGAAAAUUGAAGGGUGCAACGAAGGGUUACGCCACUCUGGACUACGAAGACUCGGGAUGGCGAGCGAGCCAGCUCACAAAGCUGCAACUUCUCGUCAACAAACAGCCAGUGGACGCAAUUUGUCGCGUUAUCCACAUCUCUCAAGCCGAGCGUCUUGGCAGACAGUGGGUAACCAAGUUCAAGGAACACGUCGAUCGACAAAUGUUUGAGAUCGUUAUUCAGGCGGUGGCAGGAAAACGGGUUGUCGCUCGCGAAACCAUCAAACCGUUCCGAAAGGAUGUGCUCGCAAAACUCCAUGCUGCCGACAUCACGCGCCGGAAAAAGCUGCUGGAGAAGCAAAAGGCAGGCCGCAAGCGUUUGCGGGCCGUUGGAAAUGUGGUUAUUGACCAGUCCGCCUUUCAGAGCUUUCUUGCCAGGUAGGAAACAUGCCGAAUUAGAAACGGACUGGUUCAAAAUAUCUUGCCUUAAGCUAGCAGUCUAAAGUUCUGCCAUGGCCUGCGAAAGCGCCCCUGCUGUAAAAAAGCAUGUAAAACUUCGAUGUAAUAAUAUUCACGGCCCUUGCAGCAAUAGUAUCCUCCUGUCUUGUUAUUUCAACGUGCGACACCGGCCCCCACUAC